UAAAAUUAUGCAUAUAUUAAGAGACAAAUUACAGUCAUGCCUGCGCAUUCUGGACUGUGAUGGACCCACUUAUAUUGGCGAUAUGAGUUGGUUAAAUGAUUUUUGUGCCGAGUUUUUUGUUUUUUCAAAUACUGUGCAAAAAUGUACAAGCAAUCAAACGGAACAGAAUUUUUUGGAAAUAAUUUGUUUGUGCUUAACGCAAAUUAUCAUAUGUAUAAGACACUUGGAGUAUACAAUACAAACUGAGAGCACUAGUGGCAAGAGGAUUCAGGCCAGCCAUCAUCAUUUUAUUGAUCGCAUAAAAGUUUGCCUUAAACGCCUGUGCGCCACUUUGCAGCACUCCAAAACCGAAAACUGCACAGAAGGAGGAUCACAGAGCAACUCAACAGAGGAUGUCUCAUUCCACACUCUGCUGGACUCUCUUCUAGACUCUUUGUCAGAGUUCACUAGAUCCGAUCAGGAUACCCAGCUUAUGGACAAACAGCAGGACAUGGUCCUGAGCAAGCAAAUAAAGCUUCAAAUAGAUUUACUUUUGGGUCAAGCAUUAUCCUUUGCCAAUGUCGCAUUGCAGCAGGAUAAGAAAGCCUUAAGUGCACUUUGUCAAAAGGUUAUGCGGGACUGCAGCGCAUUCCAAGAAGAGUGUCAACCUAAUUCAGACUCCUUUGGAAGCAACUAUUCCAAUCAAAAACUGAGGGCCAUGACAUUAGAGCACGCACUUAACCAACUGGACGUACAUAUUAAUGAGACUUUACUGCGUUUGGUAUUUACAUGUUUUCUGGACUUUCAAAAGAUAUCAGUAGAUAAAAUACGCAACGUAUUGCGUACGGAAUCGGAUAUUACGGCUGAUGAAUACAUAGCCGAUUUUGAUGUUAACUUGGAUCGCGCAACACAAAUUGGCAUAUUUGCAAUUGCCUUUGCGCCCAGCUUAAAAAUAAGAACCACAGUUCGAAGUUGUCUCGCUUCCUUCGAGUAUUUGGAUACCAGUUUAAUACCUUCACUUCAGGCGAAUACCUCGGAUCUGCAUUCCGAGUUACUGGAGCAACAUUUCAAGGAAGAAUUGUCGAAAUUUAAGACUGCUCUUCAUGAGAUCAUCGACAGUCGCGCAUUUGUGACAUGCUACUUGCAAAUUCUAACAGCGGGUAUUCUUGCCGCUGAAAAGCAGUUCGAUAAAGUCCAACUUGAGGACCUUGUUCAAAUGGGUUUCUUUAUCCUGGAGCAUUUUCAACUAAAUGUCAAUCAGAAAUGUUUAUUGGAAAUUGGCCAAGAAUGCUUUCAAAACUUUAUCCGAAUAUUGCGCGAAUGCAAAGCGAUUCUUAUGUGUGCGUCCCAGGUUCAACCGGAUCGUAUUAUCAAGCGAUUUAAAAUAUUACGCACUAUUUUGCGUAAACUUCACACCACAAUUGCUACAGAUCAAAAUGAACCUGCAGUGAUUCCAGAACAUAAUGAAAACCAUGAAGUUUGUGAUGCCAUGAAAAGCUGUACAGAUGUAGGCAAUUCUACAAACCUGUUGGCUUCCCCAUCACGCAGUAUACUCUACGAAACUCAUAGGGAUCGAAAUAAAGGCUUCAACAAUAAACCAGUUGAAAAAAUUAAUACUGAAGCGCUUAAAAUAAAAGCCGUUGGAUGUUUAAGACGAAAGCAAAGCCUUCGUACAACCAUGUUUAAGCGCCAAAAUGCUGUGGAGAGUAUUAAACUUCAAAAUACUGUCAAUAGUCAAUCGGCCAGCUUGGAAAUCAGUGGAAUUCUCGACCAAUUAACCUGCUUAACGGAAAGUUUUGCAAAGUAGUGCGUUAUGGCUUAUUCAUUGUGAAUGACAUUCAUUGACACUCACACACUCAUAUCGCACUCGGAUUUAUUCUUAGUGACAGAAUGCAGUCUUUUUAGUUUGAACAUCUUUUUAAGAUAAAAAAUUAAAAUUAAAAUAAACAAAAAUAAAACACAAUAAA